GCCAGAACUGUGGUGAGGCAUAUGACAGCUCGCAGAGUUUGCAGCAGCACCAGCGGACCCACGCCCCACUGUUUCAAGAGGGCACAAAGGCUGCAGGAGCACCAGCGAAUACACAGACCAUGAUGGAGAAGGCUGCUUUUCUCCGGAGACUGCGUGCAGAGACACAGGCAAGUCUUAUGUAUCGAGAAAGGCGGGAGUAAGAAUAGUAAGCGCACCGCAGUAAGCACUCAAUCAGACAAAGUGUCUGAGAGUAGCGGGCGCCUGACUAAAAAGUCGAUUGUAAAGAAAUAACUAUUUUACACGGGGGGGGGUGGGGGGGGAGUCCCGUUGAAACUCCCAUAGGGAGCAAGGCCAUAAAGAAAUGACAGGCCUGGAAGACUCUGAGGAAUCUGAACUAUAGAAUUUAUAAACUGGAAUUCCUCAUGGGUAAAACAAACUCCAGAAGGAGUAUAAAAGACGCAGGCUUAAAGAGUAACCGCAUGGAAUACCCAGAAGAGGUUCUGGGAAACGUUGGCCCAGAUUUGAGCCAGCGACCGAAAUGCCUGAUGAUAAAGAUGAAUAUAUAGGCUGACCUGACAGGGAGGCAGCACCAGAAAUGUCUGAAAGACAAUACAGGCGUUGGUCUACAGGAGACCCAGAAUAUGGAGCAGCACCCAAAAGUGGGCUGCCAAUAUACAGCUCAAUGCAAGAGCUUGAUGUACCUCAAAGAGGAAAAAGGGCUGGCCUGACACUGAGGCAGCACCAGAAAUGUCUGAAAGAUAAUACAGACGUUGGUCUACAGGAGACCCAGAAUAUGGAGCAGCACCCAAAAGUGGGGGGCCAAUAUACAGCUCAAUGUAAGAGCUUGAUGUACCUCAAAGAGGAACAAAAAAGCGUAUGCCUUUCAGAGAGCCAUCGCAUGUAAUACCUGAUAUGAAAAUUCAGGUGAAACCCAUUAUGAGGAGGAAUAUCCAGAAUACACUUGAUAACGAAUCAGUUGAGAACCAGCCAAUGCAAAAAAGAAAAGUGCCAGGGCUGGCCCAAACGUUAUCUAGUCCCAGAAACAAGGGACAACCUCUAUCAGAGGAGAUAGCAGAGAGUAUAAAUUACCUGCUUUCCCAUCAGUUGGAAGACCAACGAUGGAUGAAAUUGUGAACAAAUAUAAAAUCCCGCAGAACUGUGCUUGGUUUUGUGCCUGGAAGGUCUUGUGCCUGGAAGGUCUUGUUUAACUAAUCUUCUUGAAUUUUUUGAAGAUGUUACACGGGAAAUUGAUGAGGGUAACGCAGUGGAUGUUGUGCAUAUGGACUUCAGUAAGGCCUUUGACAAGGUUCCUCAUGGAAGGUUGGUUAAUAAGGUUCAAUGGUUGGGUAUUAAUGGUGGAGUAGCAAGAUGGAUUCAACAGUGGCUGAAUGGGAGAUGCCAGAGAGUAAUGGUGGAUGGUUGUUCGUCAGAUUGGAGGCCAGUGACGAGUGGGGUGCCACAGGGAUCUGUGUUGGGUCCACUGUUGUUUGUCGUGUACAUCAAUGAUCAGGAUGAUGGUGUGGUAAAUUGGAUUAGUAAGUAUGCAGAUGAUACUAAGAUAGGUGGGGUUGCGGGUAAUGAAGUAGAGUUUCAAAGUCUACAGAGAGAUUUAUGCCAGUUAGAAGAGUGGGCUGAAAGAUGGCAGAUGGAGUUUAAUGCUGAUAAGUGUGAGGUGCUACAUCUUGGCAGGACAAAUCAAAAUAGGACGUACAUGGUAAAUGGUAGGGAAUUGAAGAAUGUAGGUGAACAGAGGGAUCUGGGAAUAACUGUGCACAGUUCCCUGAAAGUGGAAUCUCAUGUAGAUAGGGUGGUAAAGAAAGCUUUUGGUGUGCUGGCCUUUAUAAAUCAGAGCAUUGAGUAUAGAAGUUGGGAUGUAAUGUUAAAAUUGUACAAGGCAUUGGUGAGGCCAAUUCUGGAGUAUGGUGUACAAUUUUGGUCGCCUAAUUAUAGGAAGGAUGUCAACAAAAUAGAGAGAGUACAGAGGAGAUUUACUAGAAUGUUGCCUGGGUUUCAGCAACUAAGUUACAGAGAAAGGUUGAACAAGUUAGGGCUUUAUUCUUUGGAGCGCAGAAGGUUAAGGGGGGACUUGAUAGAGGUUUUUUAAAUGAUGAGAGGGAUAGACAGAGUUGACGUGGAAAAGCUUUUCCCACUGAGAGUAGGGAAGAUUCAAACAAGGGGACAUGACAUGAGAAUUAAGGGACUGAAGUUUAGGGGUAACAUGAGGGGAAACUUCUUUACUCAGAGAGUGGUAGCUGUGUGGAAUGAGCUUCCAGUGAAGGUGGUGGAGGCAGGUUCGUUUUUAUAAUUAAAAAAUAAAUUGGAUAGUUAUAUGGAUGGGAAGGGAAUGGAGGGUUAUGGUCUGAGCGCAGGUAUAUGGGACUAGGGGAGAUUAUGUGUUCGGCACGGACUAGAAGGGUCGAGAUGGCCUGUUUCCGUGCUGUAAUUGUUAUAUGGUUAUAUGGUUAUAUGGUUAGGAGUUCCAGCUGUUAACAAAGAAGUGUGGAAUUAUAUGGGCACUGCAGUAAGAGCUCAAGAAAUGAGAUUACAGCAGGUAAAACAAUUAAUGGGGUCAAGCAUUACGGCAUUUGCCAGAGAUCUGGAAGAAGGAAAUAUGACAAUGUCACAACAGGAUGUGAUUGGAAUGAUGUGUGAUGCACAUUUUUGGAGUAAGUCUGUGAUAAGACCUAACAUACAUCCUAAGUUUGCAGGGCUUUGUAAACCAUCUAAUAUAUAAUUGCCACACUUACUCUUUGGAGUGGUGCUCGCCAAAAAACUGAAGGUUCUCAACGAAGAAUCAAUAACCAUCGGGAUGAUGAAGCCACCGAUGUUUGGCAGCAUAGCUGGAAAGCAAAAUCCAUACCGAAGGGGAACUGAAUAAAACCCCAGGACGUGGAGGACAUGGUAUUCCCACAAGGGGCAAGGUACAAAAAGUGAUACUGGUAAACCCUGAGGUAGGUGGUUCUGGUUCUGAUAGAAUAUGAGAUGUGUCCUACUUACAAAUUGGGGGUAGGUUACAAUUAUUUUUAAAAGAAUGGAAACUAAUAACAUCUGAUGCAUAUAUACUGUGCAGUAUAAUGAGGUUUAGAAUUGAAUUUUAACGGAAUGAAAUUCCCCUACUCAACAUAUUCCAAAAAGUAUUCAAUUUUCUCUAAAGAAGAGAUUUGAAAAUUCAAAUAGAAAUUGAUAUUUUGAGUUAAAAAGGGAUAAUAGAGAAAACAAAAAAAAGCUCACAAAUCGCAAACCUUUUUUGUACAGUAUAAACAUUUAAACAUUGAGAUUUUACUAAUGCUUUGCAAUUAAUUUCAACAGAAUGCUAUAUGGCAAGCAUACAUCUCCAAGAUAAAGAUCGUAGAGGUUUCAAAUUUGUCUGGAUGACUCAUUAGUGGUAAUUCAAAGCAUUGCCUAAUGUGUUGACUUCAGUUACUAGAUUGUUUACAGAACUGCUGAAACCAAUCUUAGCAUUGUUAAGAGCUCAAGGCCAUUUGAUAAUGGUUUAUUUGGAUGACAUGUUAUUGUGGGAGACACUGAAGACAUGGCAACAAGCCUCAGUUUUAAAAGUUAAACUUACAUUUCAAUAACUGGGUUUUGUGAUUCUCCCUGUGAUUGUGUAUGAGUCUCCCUGUGCGACAAAGGCAAAACAGUUAUAAUGGGUGACUUCAAUCUACAUAUAGAUUGGGUGAAUCAAAUUGGCAGGGGUGCUGAGGAAGAGGAUUUCUUGGAAUGUAUGCGGGAUAGUUAUCUAAAUCAACAUGUAGAGGAACCAACGAGAGAGCAGGCUAUUUUAGACUGGGUAUUGAGUAAUGAGGAAGGGUUAGUUAGCAAUCUUGUUGUACGUGGCCGCUUGGGCAGGAGUGACCAUAAUAUGGUUGUGUUCUUCAUUAGGAUGGAGAGUGACAUUGUUAAUACAGAAUCAAUGGUUCUGAACUUAAAGAAAAGUAACUUUGAGGGUAUGAGACGUGAAUUGGCCAAGAUUGACUGGCAAUUAAUUCUAAAAGGGUUGACGGUGGAUAUGCAAUGGAAGACAUUUAAAGACUGCAUGGAUAAACUACAAAAAUUGUUCAUCCCAAUUUGGCAAAAUAAUAAAUCAGGGAAGGUAGUACAUCCGUGGAUAACAAGGGAAAUCAGGGAUAGUAUCAAAGCGAAGGAUGAUGCGUACAAGUUAGCCAGAAAAAGCAGCAUACCGGAGGACUGGGAGAAAUUCAGAGACCAGCAAAGGGCUUAAUUAGGAAAGGAAAAAUAGAUUAUGAAAGAAAACUGGCAGGGAACAUAAAAAGUGACUGCAAACGUUUUUAUAGAUAUGUGAAAAGAAAGAGAUUAGUUAAAACAAAUGUAGGUCCCUUGCAGUCAGAAACAGGUGAGUUGAUCAUGGGGAACAAGGAUUUGGCGGACCAAUUGAAUAACUACUUUGGUUCCGUCUUCACUAAAGAAGACAUAAAUAAUUUGCCGGAAAUAGCAGGGGACCGCGGGUCAAAGGAGUUGGAGGAAUUGAGUGAAAUCCAGCUUAGCCGGGAAGUGGUGUUGGGUAAAUUGAAUGGAUUAAAGGCUGAUAAAUCCCCAGGGCCAGAUGGGCUGCAUCCCAGAGUACUUAAGGAAGGGUGAUUGUUCCUGUGAGAAAGGCAACUCUGCGCUGCAAGAUACUGGAAACCUCUCGGCCCCUCACUUUCUAUCUUCUCGAUUCCAACUGCAUUACCCUGUUGGGCAGCCAAGCAUGCCAGGACUUGGGCCUGGUCUCCUUCCACCCUGACAUCCACAAGGUACAGGCCCUAAUGGACCCGUUGACUGAAUAUUCUGACCGCUUUGUUGCACAGCUGGGCAAGAUGCCCUGCAACUACAAGAUUGUGGUCGACCGCAAGGACGAGCCAGUGGUCCGUGCGGCACACCGUGUUUCCUUCGCCAUGAAGGACAAAGUAGAAUCGACGCUGCACAGCAUGGUAACCAUGGGCAUCCUAAAGGCGGUCAGCGAACCCACCAGGUGGGUCUCCACCAUGGUUGUUGCUGCGAAAAAGGACAAAAGCGAAAUGCGCAUUUGCAUCAACCCUAAACCUUGCCAUCAAACGCCCGCACUACCCCAUGAGAACAGUAGAGGACGUCGCUGCACAGGUUGGUCUGGCCACAAUCUUUUCUGUCCUCGAUGCCAAGAGCUCCUUCUGGCAGAUACCGCUUGACGAACAGUCCUCCGAACUGACAACUUUCAGCACCCCCUUCGGCAGAUUUAAGUUCCUCCGAACGCCAUUCGGAAUCGACUCUGCCAGCGAGGUGUUCCAACGGACAAUGGAACAGCUGUUUGCCCGUCUACCGUGUGCCAUCAUCGUUGACGACAUCCUGGUCUACGGUAAGGAUGUCGCUGAGCACGACUUGUGGCCCUUGUGGCUAAGGGGAUCAGGGGGUAUGGAGAGAAGGCAGGUACGGGAUACUGAGUUGGAUGAUCAGCCAUGAUCAUAUUGAAUGGCGGUGCAGGCUCGAAGGGCCGAAUGGCCUACUCCUGCACCUAAUUUCUAUGUUUCUAUGUUUCUAUGACUUCAACCUCCGCCAGGUCCUAGACCGGGCCCGGAAAAUCAACUUGAAACUAAACCCCAAGAAGUGCCGGUUCCGCGUCCCGGAGGUCACAUAUGUUGGACAUGUUUUCACAGCCUCGGGGCUGAAACCCGACCCGCAGAAAACAGCUGUCAUCUCCGGGAUGUCAUCGCCUACUGAUGUGCCCAGCCUGCAACGUUUCCUGGGCAUGGUAAAGUACCUGGGGAAGUUCAUCCCCGACCUCAGCGAGCUCAGCGCACCCCUGAGGGAUUUGAUAAAGAAGGACACGGCCUGGGCUUGGUUCCCCCAACACCAGAAAGCCUUCGACAUCCUUAAAUCCAAGCUAAUCAGUACCCCCACACUUACAUUUUUUGACCUGCAGCGUCCCAUUAUCAUCACCUGCGACGCCUCUCAGUUCGGGCUCGGUGCUGCUUGCCUGCAGCUCCAUGACGGCCUGCAGCUGCCUGUCUCCUUCGCGUCCCGUGCCAUGACCCCUGCUGAACAGCACUACGCACAGAUUGAGAAGGAGUUACUGGCCGUGGUGUUUGCCUGCUCCAAUUUCAAGGACUACCUUCUGGGCAACACCUUUACCAUCGAAACUGAUUACCAGUCGCUUGUCACCAUCCACAACAAAUCGAUCCAUGUUGCCUCAUCCCGGCUGCAGCGCAUGAUGCUGCAGCUCCAGCGCUUCACUUUCGAAGUUGUGUAUCGUAAGGGCAAAGACAUGAUCGUGGCCGACAUGCUGUCCCGCGCCCCGCUAACAUCCACCGAUCGCCACCCCUAUGAAAUGUCUGACCUGAUGGUGCUCAAUGUGAAUAUUGUCCCUUCACAUCAGAUGAAGUCCCUGGUCCAGCACACUGCCGAUGAUACUGCCCUACAAACAGCUAGCUGCCAUCAUCCAGUAUGGCUGGCCCAACCGUCCUUCCGCUCUGCCGGCUGGCGCCCUGCCCUACUUCCUGGUCCGUGAUGAGCUACUACUACACGACGGCGUGGUUGUGAAAGGACACAAGGUUGUUGUGCCUGCUGCGCUGCACGACCACUAUUUUCAGGCCGCUCACCGCGGUCAUCCUGCGGCCGAAGCCACCUUGUCUCACGCCCAGAGACAGCUCUACUGGCCUGGUAUGGCUCAAUACAUCCGGGAGAGGGUCUCCUCCUGUUCCACCUGCAAUAGUCUCGCCCCCCCACCAGCAACGACAGCCGCUUCUGCAGCAGGCUGCACCCGAACUGCCCUGGAUGGCGGUUGCACUGACAUUUUCGAGUGGCGAGGCAAACACUUCCUGGUCCUCGUCGACUCUUACUCCAACUGGUUCGAGGUUGACCAGCUGCACUCCCUCACCUCUUCGGCCGUUGCCGAUAAGAUGCACCGCCAUUUCUCUACCUUUGGCAACCCGGCCAGCCUGCAGUCGGACAACGGCAGUCAAUUCAAGAGCUCCAUGUUUAGAGCUUUCGCCACCAGCUGGUACUUCCGCCACUUCACCAGCAGCCCUGAGUACCCGCAAAGCAACGGUCUGGCCGAGCAAGAGCAAAGAGCUUGCUGGAACAAUGUCGCUUGUCUAACUCCGACUUCUUCCUGGCCCUCCUUAACCUUCGCAACAUAUCCCGUGACCCUGCAAUGGGCCCCCCUGCUCAGCGGCUCAUGUCUCGCACUGCCAGACCCCCGAUCCCGGUGGCCCAGCGCUCAAUCAUCCCCUCUGUCCUCAAGCCCGCUGCUGUUCAGGAGCGCAUUGCCCUUAAGAGCGAUGUUCAGAAGCGCUCCAAUGACAAGUCCUGCCGCCCCCUUCCGCGCCUUUUCCCCUGUCAGGUCGUCCGCAUGCAGACCUCCUCCGGUCACUCCAAGCUCGCUACCGUCGUCGCCUCUGCUGGGUCACCCAGGUCCGAUCUCGUCGACCAUGCAGGCACCGUCUACCGCCGGUCCCGCCAACACCUGCGGCUCGUCAACGAGCCACGACCGCCGCCCGCGGAUCCUUUUGCUCCCCCACUGCAAUUUCGGUCUCCGGACGAUGCUCUGCCCGCCGCCCCUCGCAUGCCACGGUCUUUACCCUCUCAGCUCUAUCAGUCCAAUCCUCCUCCGGUUUGCCCUCCCUCGCCUGCCCGCGCGCUGCCCGCUGCUGACCCCGCAUCCCCUCCUGCCUUUCUGCCCUUGUCUUCUCCGUCUCCUCCUGGCUCCCCCGUGCCAGUUUGGCCGUCUGCACCUGUUCCACUUCUUCCUGCAGGGAGGGAAGAUGGCGAGAUCCGAACCCGGUCGAGACGUGUUGUCAAGCCGCCUGUCCGCUAUGGCGACUUUGCUUAACCGUUUCUAGCGCAUGAGACGUGGUCGCCCUGUCACUAAUUUGUUUGCCUUUCGUUUCCAAGGGGAAGGAUGUAGAUGAGAUAUGCAUGUGCCUUUAAUAUAGUUACCUCAUCACUACUAACCACUCCCCAUAUCACAAGUAGAAUUACAACCUCCCCACCCACAUAUCACUCUUUAGUUUUCCGUGACAGAUCACGUACAGCUAGUGCUCUCUGUAAAAACACAGUGUGAAUAAAAUGAAGUAAAGU